CUUUUCUAUCUCUUUUCUAACAUCUCAAAACUUCCAUUGCGUCAACCAAAUGGCGAACAAAGCAUACACCCUUGCUUUAAUUGCAAUGGUUGUCGCCACGAUGCUGGUGAUCGAGGCGCCAACACCGAGUAUGGCGAGAACCAAAUGCGACAUCACGGAGCUAAUACAGCCGUGUGCAGGGUCAUUUUUAUACAACAAUGUACCACCAUCUAAAGAAUGUUGCAAUAUACUAAAAGCUCAAAAGUCAUGUCUUUGCCAAUACAAGUCUAAGUAUGAGGGUUAUGCUGGCUCUCCUAGUGCUAAGCGUGUUGUUUCUGCUUGCAAAGUUAAAGUUUCAUGCUAGAGUUUUUAGUAUAGGCCAGAUAGGAUGCGGGAAGGGUAGAAAGAAUUAAACUUACGGCCUAAAUUUGUAGUAAUUGGUAUUGAAUGGUGGGAGUUAGAAUGAUUAUUGAUUUGUAAUGUGAAUUUUCAUGAUAUUUAUCAUGUCAUU